AUGCUUCCGUUAACUGGGAAAACAAUAAUAUUUGAUAGUUUUCCUGACCCAUCAGACACAUGGGAAAUAAUUGAAACUAUUGGCAAAGGAACAUAUGGAAAAGUUUUCAAGGUAUUAAAUAAGAAAAAUGGCAGCAAAGCAGCCGUCAAAAUCUUGGAUCCUGUUCACGAUAUUGAUGAAGAAAUUGAAGCCGAGUAUAACAUUCUGCAAGCUCUCUCUGAUCAUCCCAAUGUUGUCAAGUUCUAUGGCAUGUACUAUAAGAAAGAUGUGAAAAAUGGAGAUCAGCUCUGGCUGGUACUUGAGCUGUGCAAUGGUGGAUCUGUGACUGAUCUUGUGAAAGGAUUUUUGAAGAGAGGUGAAAGGAUGAAUGAACUUAUAAUUGCUUAUAUUUUACAUGAAGCUCUGAUGGGCCUUCAGCAUUUGCAUGAAAACAAAACUAUCCACCGUGAUAUUAAGGGAAAUAAUAUCCUCUUGACCACUGAAGGAGGAGUCAAGCUUGUGGAUUUUGGUGUGUCUGCACAGCUGACCAGCACUCGUCUCCGUCGGAACACGUCCGUGGGCACCCCUUUCUGGAUGGCUCCAGAGGUGAUUGCCUGUGAGCAGCAGCUAGAUAGUUCCUAUGAUGCCAGAUGUGAUGCGUGGUCGCUGGGUAUUACUGCAAUAGAGCUGGGAGAUGGAGAUCCACCCCUUGCUGAUUUGCACCCUAUGAGGGCACUUUUCAAAAUACCAAGGAAUCCACCUCCAACAUUACAGCAGCCUGAACUGUGGUCAUCUGAAUUCAAUGACUUCAUUAAUAAGUGCUUGACUAAAGAUUAUGAGAAGCGCCCAACAGUAUCCAGUCUUUUGCAGCAUGAUUUUAUUAAGCAAAUUGAAGGAAAGGAAAACAUGUUACAAAGGCAACUCAUGGAAUUUAUUGAUGUUCAUCAGCAAAUGGGAGUCACUGAAAAGGCAAGAUUUGAACGUAUUCAUACAAAGAAAGGGAACUACAGUAAGUCACUAGUUUCAAACCAGGAAGAGGUAGAUGAUUUAGCGACCUUGGAAGUACUGGAUGAGAACACAGUAACGGAGCAGUUGCAGAAGGGUUAUGCGAAGGACCAGAUCUACACAUAUGUAGGGGACAUCCUCAUUGCUGUCAAUCCAUUUCGGAACAUAGACAUCUAUUCUUCACAGCAUUCCAAACUCUAUAUUGGAGCCAAACGGACUGCCAACCCUCCUCAUAUUUUUGCUGUUGCUGAUAUAGGAUAUCAGUCCAUGGUGACAUACAACUCAGAUCAGUGUAUCGUUAUUUCUGGAGAAAGUGGAGCUGGUAAGACACAAAGCGCCCAUCUUCUUGUUCAGCAGCUCACUGUCCUGGGCAAGGCUAAUAACAGGACUCUACAGGAGAAGAUCCUCCAAGUGAAUAACCUGGUAGAAGCAUUUGGAAAUGCAGGCACUAUCAUCAAUGAUAAUUCCAGCAGAUUUGGAAAAUAUUUGGAAAUGAAAUUCACUUGUGGUGGCACUGUAGUAGGAGCUCAGAUUUCAGAGUAUCUCCUCGAAAAAUCCAGAGUUGUCCACCAGGCAGUAGGAGAGAAAAAUUUCCAUAUUUUUUAUUAUAUUUAUGCUGGUCUCGCAGAAAAGAAAAAAUUGGCACAUUAUAAAUUGCCAGAAUAUAGACCUCCCAGGUAUCUGCAAAAUGAUCAUUUCAGAAUAGUGCAAGAUUUUAUGAACAAUGGCUUUUAUAAGUCCCAGUUUGAGUUAAUUGAACAAUGCUUCAAAGUCAUAGGUUUUACACUGGAGUAUGGGCGUCUCUUUAGCUGGAUAGUCAAUCGCAUCAAUACUUUACUGAAGCCUGACAAACAUUUAAGUGGGAAUGACGAUGGUUUGAACAUUGGAAUUCUUGAUAUCUUUGGCUUUGAGAAUUUCAAAAAAAAUUCUUUUGAACAACUCUGUAUCAACAUUGCCAAUGAACAGAUUCAGUUCUACUUCAAUCAACAUGUCUUUGCUUGGGAACAGAAUGAAUAUCUAUAUGAAGGUGUUGAUGCCAGAGUUAUAGAAUAUGAGGACAACAGGCCCCUCUUAGAUAUGUUCCUGCAGAAACCUAUGGGUUUAUUGUCCCUACUAGAUGAGGAAAGUCGAUUCCCACAAGCAACAGAUCAGACGCUUGUAGAAAAAUUUGAAGAUAAUUUGAAGUCAAAAUAUUUUUGGAGACCCAAAAGGGUAGAUCUAACCUUUGGGAUUUAUCAUUAUGCAGGAAAGGUUCUAUACAAUGCGAGUGGAUUCCUAGCCAAAAACAGAGAUACUCUGCCAGCUGAUAUUGUGCUGCUACUCCGAUCAUCUGAAAACAAUCUGAUACGACAGUUAGUAACCCAUCCUCUUACAAAAACAGGUAACCUGGCUCACACUAAAAGCAAAACUACUAUCAGUUACCAAAUGUGGACCCCCCAGAAAUCAAUCAGUCGUACUAAGAAUGAAACUGGAGAUACCGGACAUCAUCCAAGAGAGACAACCAGUAUGAAAACACAGACAGUCGCUUCUUAUUUUAGAUACUCUCUGAUGGACUUGUUAUCCAAAAUGGUCGUGGGCCAGCCUCAUUUCGUCAGGUGCAUCAAGCCAAACAACGACAGGCAGGCAAACAAGUUUGAUAAAGAAAAAGUGUUGGUUCAGCUGCGUUACACAGGAAUUCUGGAGACAGCAAGAAUUCGAAGACAGGGUUAUUCACAUCGUAUACUCUUUGCCAACUUUAUAAAACGGUAUUACCUUAUCUGCUACAAAACAAAUGAUGAUCCUCCAGUCAGCCCGGAAACCUGUGCUGCCAUCUUGGAAAAAGCUCACCUUGACAACUGGGUGCUUGGAAAAACUAAAGUAUUCCUCAAAUACUACCACGUGGAACAGCUGAAUUUAAUGAGAAAGGAGACAGUGGACAUGAUUAUUUUGAUUCAAGCUUAUGUUAGAGGAUGGCUGGGUUCAAAGAGAUACAAAAAGCUGAAGGAACAAAGGGAACAAAGUGCUAUUAAAAUUCAGUCAGUUGCCAGAGGAUACUUACUGAGGAAGAAGAGAAAAGAACUAACUGAGUCAAGGAACAAAGCAGCAACAACAAUUCAGUCUCACUAUAGGGGAUAUAAGGAGAGAAAGGAUUUCCAGAAGAGAAGAGAAUCACUUAAAAAGACUGAACAAACCAAGAAUGCAACUUCUAUUAGUGAAAAAAAAGAGAGUAUCAAACUUCAAAACAAUGAGGAAACAGUAGCUAGAGUGAAGAGCACCUUUCCUCAUACUGAAGAAGAGGCAGCUGUUAUUGUUCAGAGCAAUUACAGAGGCUAUAGAGCCCGUAAAAUGAUAAAGGAACAGCAACAAAAGUUAGCGGAGGAAGAGCUAUCUGCUGUGGAAUACUUUGAAGCACAAGUGAAGCCAGGUGAAAGCAUUACAUUGGAAGAAGCAGCAAACAAGGAGAGCCAAGAUGAAGCUGAUACUGUUAUUGAUAGCAGGUGUACUGAGUUUAGGGAUAGAGGGAACCCAGGGGAACAACCAAAGGCAUCUCCUAAAGGGGAGAGAGAUUCUCUGAAGCAGAACACACCAAAAGAGCAGAUUGGUGAAGAUGAAGAACAGUUCUCUUUGAAGCAGUUACCUAAAAAAUCUUCUCUCAAGAUCACAGCUGACCCUGAUCACCAGCAAGAGCAAACUAAUCAAGGCACAGUCAAAACAGAUGAACAAAAUCAAGUAUGUGCUGUGGUCCAACCUAAGCCUGACAGCCACCUGGAGAGAAACCAUCUGAAACAUGAAGUGAUGAUGUCUGCUGGAAAUAAAGGAAUUAUAAGAAAAGAGUCAAUAAGAGGUUCACGGAAGCAAGUUGUAACAGAAAAACAAGAUUCAGAAGACAGAGAAAAGGCAGCAGUGGUUAUUCAGAGCAAUUACCGGGGUUAUAGAAGAAGGGGGCAACUCAGAAAAGAGGGAAAAUUACCUUGCAAAAAUCAAGAGAAAACUAUAAAGGAGUCAAGAGAGGCAGCACGCAUUCAAAGUAAUGAUCCCAAAACAACAAAACAUAAGGAAAACACUGGUACACAGGCUGAGGACCAUAAAACUCUUAAGGAAGACUCAGAGAAAGAGGCUUGUGAUUUGGCAGCCUUUUCACGGCAGAUAUCGAAAUUAUCUGAAGACUACUUAGCAUUGCAACAAAAAUUAAAUGAAAUGAUAUUGUCACAUCAACUAAGACCGGUGAUGCUAUCCAAGGAUAAGCAAACUAAUGUCCAACUUUCUUCUCGUGUUUGUCAAUCAGUUGCAUCCAAAGUAGAGGACUCUCGCCCAAAGCAGAGACCCCCAAGGAGGCCACGGAAGCCCAAGACAUUAAAUAAUCCAGAGGAUUCCAGCUACUACACUCUAAUACACAAAUCAAUACAAGAUGAAAAACGGAAACCAAGGAAAGACAGUCUAGGUAAAGUGCUAGAUUUAGAUGUCUAUUACCAAGAAAUUUCAUCCAUUGAUUCCACCUCAAAGGACAGCAGUUCUACCACGAAAAAGAAGAGACAACCAGUUGAGCGCAGGACUUCAACUUUAAGAGCCGCUGAACGGUCGAGGGUUGCAGAAAGCCCUCUGGAAGAGGGUAAAGCGGAAGAUAAUCCCUAUGACUACAGAAGGCUGCUGCGGAAGACCUCACAGCGCCGACGCCUUAUCCAGCAGUUCUAG